AUGUCUGCGCGGCCGAAGAGCAUGUCCGACUUCCAGUCGCUGAUCGACGCGUCGACGCCGCUGAAUGCGCUGAACGGGCAGGGCCUGCCUCGCAAGAAGCCCAGCCUCUCGCUCGCCGCCGGCCUGAUGAUGACCACCGAGAGCCCCCGCAACUUCAGCAGGCCGACCACGCCCGCCAUGGCGCACGCUGCCCCGCCCGGCGGCCCGUGGAGCGAGAACCUGUUCUAUGCGUAUGCGCAGAAGGUAUACACUGCUGUACCCGGCCCCUUUGCUAUCCUCGCACCCAGCGACUAUGCCCAGUCCGCACCCUACGUUCUCACUUUCGCCUCCGCCCUGGUCGCCGAGCAGUGGUGGUCCCUCGUCCAGCGCGAGUACCCCGAAUCCUCACGGCCCGGCCCGCAGCUCUUCAUACUCAAGGGCGACGACAUGCAGGAGCAGAUCCAGGACAACCCCAAGUUCUACGAUCUGCGAAACAGCUGGUUCUACACGCCCAGCGACGGGGCGACAGCCCCCAUCCCUUUGCAAGACUACCGUGGCAACCCCGUCGCCCCGCCCGAGCCCACCAAAGAGCGGGAAGAGAGGUCAGAGCCCAGCACAUUUGACCUCAAGGGCCUUGAGGCAACCCUGGAGAAGAUGGCCGCCAUGAUCACCGAGAACACCGAAUCCAUCCGCGCCCUUUCUGUCGCCCAGUCCACCGGCCUACAGACUAUGCAAGAAAUCAAUGAAUCCACCUCCACUCAAAUCAAAGCGCUCGCCGACAACCAAGCGGCUCUCCAGGCCAUUGUCGACCAAAACGCCUCUCACUACAUUGCACUGUCCAACUCCAGCUUCGGUGCCCAGUCUUCCAUGCAAAGCGUCCUUCAGUCCAACGCCAAGCAGAUUGAGAGCCUCGCGAGCGGACAGAAAAAGCUGGUAGAAACCUGCGCAGACAUGAUGCACAGUGUUGAGAAGGUGGGCGAGGCAAUGAAAGAGGUUGGGUCGGAUUCGGCGAGCAACGCAAGCGUAAUCAGAGAAACGGAGAGGACCAUUGGGACCAUCGUCAACCGCAUCCAGCCGCCGCCGCGCAAGUUGAACAGGAGGGUCAAGGGCGUAUGGUACGAGUACGACGACGGGCCAAAUGGCACGUCGCAGCUCUCGGGGCCCAUGACGCCGAGGAAGAAGGUCACGAUGCUCGAUACGCCACCAAAGACCCCGCUGAGCGCGAGGACUGCGUGA